AUGUGGGAAGAAAUGAGGAAGAAACGAGUUGCAGAUCGUUAUUCAAAUCAUUUUGAAGGAUCGGUAGUCAAGGCAGAAGAUAAUGAAAUACGAAUAGUACUUAUUAGACGCACAGGACACGGGAAAAGUGCAACAGGAAAUAGUCUUUUGGGUCGAGAUCAUUUUCUAUCAAAACCUUGUGGUUUUGCAGUAACAGAAAAUUGUGAACUCGGAGAAUCUAAACGAGACGGGAAACACAUAGUUAUUGUUGAUACACCGGGGUUAUUCGAUAUAAAAACGACGAAUGAAACUAUUACUAAGGAGAUAGCAAGAUGCAUUGCAAUGACAUCACCUGGACUUCACGCAAUGGUACUUGUUGUAAGUGUUGGUCGAUUUACGCCGGAAGAAAAAGCUACAGUCGAACAUUAUGUUGAUAACUUUGGUGUAGGUGUUCUUCGCUAUAUGAUUGUACUUUUCACUAGAAAGGAUGAUCUUUCGAUGUCAAAUAUAUCGAUUGAUCAAUACGUUCAAAAUGUUCCGGAGUAUCUUAAAACUAUACUUGAUAAGUGCGGGGAUAGAUACAUUGCGUUUAACAAUCGCGCAGUUGGACAAUCUCAAUCAGAGCAAGUUGAUUCCUUUUUUAAAAUGGUAGAGUCGAUUGGCAAGAAAAAUGGCGGAUCUUGUUAUACAAACGAAAUGUACGAUGAAGCAGAACUUGCAAUACAACGGAGGAUGCAGAAAGACAAGGAAGCAAAGGAAAAGCAAAUGAAAGAAGAAACAGAAGCAAAAACAAAACAAGUACAAGCUAAAUACGAGAAAAAACUAGAUAAAAAACAAAAAAACGUUCGUGAAUUGGAAAAUGCCUUGCAAUCGAAGAAUAUAGAAUCAGAGAUAGACAAAGUAAAUCUACAAAAACAACUCGAUGAAGCAAACAAAAAAAUGAAUUCGGUUUUAGCUAAUAAAGACAAAGAAAUACGGGAGCAAAUAAAAAAAAACUGAAGACAAAUUCAAACCAAUAAUAACCGAAAAUGCAUUGAGAAGGAACCAAAGAAAUCAUAUUGAAAACGAAGUACCAUUGUGUCCGAUAUUAUGAAAGGAUUAGUUUCUUUUGACAGAUUGUUUGGGAUGUAAAUAUACUAGUUUUAAACAGAAUAAAAGUUUAAU